AUGAGUCAUAGGAAGUCUCAUUCACAUGGAAGCAUACCCUUUUCAUGGGAAGACAAACCUGGGAUUUGUAAGACCCCCAGCAAUGAUUUCCCUCUAAAUAUAGGGAUGAAUCAAAAACUAUCUUCCCCCUUACCACCACUGGCUCCUAACCAUUUGAGGAGCAACUCAAGGAGAAUGCUGGAAAUUCAGGACAAGAAGAUUCCUCUUCCUCCUUGUCUACAACCUCCUCGCAGAAGCACUUCUGAGAAGGAGAAGGGGUUUAGAUGGCAGGAAGACCCUUUUCUUGUGGCAUACAAGGAGUGUACAAAAAGUGAGAAGAACUGCACGGUGCCAAGGAAGAACAAAAAGGGUGUUGGAUCUAACUUUAGGUUAAGAAAAUCUAUUUUCUCGUGUACAGAUGCCACUGAUGUAAAGGAUGAUAUUUAUGUGAAGUUAGCUCCUUUCCCUCGUCUUCCUGCUGGUAGAGAUCGUUCUUUAACAUUAGAAGAUGAACAGAAACGAGGGUUCAACUAUGAAACAUGGCUGUAA